UUUAAAUCUAAUUGGAAUAUCCUUCAGAGAUUGCUGCAACCGAGUUACAUUCUUAAUAUUAUGCUUCAUAUAUUUUUGGGUUACAUCUUCACUUGGGUUUUAUAUUAUACGGCCGGAACCUCCCACAAAGGACACGUGUUUUUCGCCGAGUACUGCGGUAGUUUUUUUGCACUAGUUUAUGCAAUUCUGGCAGUAGUCAACGAGGAGGAAGUCCUUGUAUUUCCAGUAGUAGAGGAGGAAUGGCACUUUUUUUUAAAAUCCCGUCACCGUCAGCAUCUGUAUAAGUCUACGCUCUACGCCACGUGUUCUGUUCUAGCCUUCUUUUUUCUCGUUUAUCCCUACGCUGAAAUGAAAGUGAGCUUCUUAGCGCUGUUGUAUCAAUGCUUGGUUGUCAACUUCUCAUUGGGCUAUUUGCUAUGUGUGCGACAGGCCCUCUUUUCUCACUUCAUGGCUCAAAGGAUUGGCAUUAGUGAGUCACUGCAUUACAGUAGCAAUGACUGGACGGUGAGCGAGGCUGUCACGAGUAAAAAUCAUCUUACAAGGUUUCUGGCCUAUUUGUACAUCAAAGAUGCCUCGUAUUACGGGCUGGACGCUUCUUUCUUUCAUGAAAUUAACCAAUCCAAAAUCAUUAACUUUGCCUUGACACUUUGUUUGGAUCUCAUUGAAGAGCUUGCUUUCUCGCUGAGGGACUUUCGCGCCGGGGCGCACACCCACUCGGGGGCCCUUCCAGCCUACUCUCCUGUUUUACGAGUUUUCAAUAAAAAGCCUAAAGAUUGUUAUAGCGAACGAAUUAAGCUUUGGGCCUUUUGCCUUUUUACUUCUAUAAAAAAAGGGCUGCAGGAAAGAAUCGGUUUGCUAUUGGUCAACUUUGGUAGCUGGAUUCUUCAUGGCACAGCCCCCCCCCAGCAGCAGCGACCACCUACCAGCCAAGCGCCCUAUCCCUGCCCUCCAAAUAUGGCGUUUCCCUAUGAAACCUUUCAUUUUCGUUUGAAGCCACCUAUUAAUGCUUAUAAUGAGCACAUGCUUAUGAAGAACCAAAACGCAGAGCUGGAAAGGAAGAAGAAUAACCUCUAUGUACCCUUCGAUUCAGUAGAAACCCCACUGCUCCGGAUGCUUCUAGGUGAGCUGCCCGAGUACAAGCGCGCCUCCCUGUUUACCAAUUGGCAGAUCAUCACGUGGUCUACACAAGCCGUCUCCUCUCUGAUUAUAAGCGCCCUGCAAAACGCACCUCUUCAAAACAUGCAGCCGUUUACAAAGGACAACGAAUCACGUGCCUUUACUGUUCUUCUGUCUACUACUAAGGAAGUUGAGGAGUUUAUAUUCCAGCACGAGCAUGCAACAGGUCCAAACAAUACUGCCUCUGCAUUGAAGAGUUGUCUAUGGCUGUAUCUCCUGCUACUAGUGGUAACUCAUGUGUGUUGUUUCUGUAUUGGCGAGUCAUCUCUGUGGACGCCAGAGUGGCUGCUUCUCUUCUCCUGCACCAUUUGUUUGGCUCUUUGUGUCUGUUUCCUGCGGGCUUUGAUGCCCGCGUGUCAUGUUCAAGGAGAAAAGGCCGUUCUCAGGGAGCUGAAAACGGCGAUAUACAACUUAACAAUUCAAUAUGGGCCAUCCGUCAAGUUUGUGCAAUGCGGUCACGUGGACAUGCUUAAAAAUUUCAUAACUUUUAAAGAAUAGAAAACGAUAGCCAAUAAAUAUUAAGCUUUAUUUUAGUUACAAAUGAAACUAAGUAUAGCGACCCGAUACUUUCAUGCGCAACACAUUGGCACGAAUAGCGUAAUAGAGUAUCACUACAGCAGCCACCGACACGCACGUGGCCAC